AUGAUGUUUUCUUUGUUUACAGCAUCAGCCUUCUCAUCUGUUCAGUUCAAUGAGCAUGUAUUGCAUCUCACAUCUCUCCCACCAAAUGAUGAGAACACCUACGCUGUUAUGAUUCAUACAGAAUCUUGUCCUCACUGCGUCCGCCUUGCUCCAACGUGGAAUCACGCAGCAGAACUCGGUGCAGGAUCCGCAAUAUUCGCUGAUCUUAACUGCCACGAAAACAGAACAGCCUGCGAAUCAAUUGCAACAGAUCAAGUUCCCAGAAUCCUUCUUUUCAAAAACAAAGUAAUCAACGAAUAUCCAAAGAUGUUACCACAAGUAACACUUUCGAUUGUUGAAUGGGUCUCUUCAUUCAUGAUUCCUGACUUUCUCGAAGUGACCAAAGAAAAUUAUACUCAAAUUGUCGGUGAAAACGCAGCAAUUCUCUUCUCUGAUAAGCGCCCAAUGUCAUGGGUUUCAUCAGCCAAUUAUUACAACGACAAGAAGGUUAAAUUCGUAAUUUCAUCUGAUAAGGAGCUAUUCAACGAACUCAAAUUACCAAAGUACCCAGGCGUAUACGCUAAAGUUGGUAAUGAGUACAAACUUUACACAGGAAAAGUAAAUUCAAUCCCAGUAAAGGAAUUCUUGGACUCUCAAUUCAAUGUGAAGCAAGACAACAAAGAACUCUAA